AUGGCUGGCAUAAUUCCUCAGGACGAGCGCUUUGACUACGACUUCCUCCAGGUCUUCUCUGCGGGCCGUUAUGGGGGUAGUGAUCGCGUCGAGGCCCAAGUGGAGGCUCGGGUCGGCAGUACCCCAGACUCCAAGCUUACCAAAUCCCAGCGUGUCGGCAUCAGGGACCGUCUCUUCGCUGCAGCCUCGUACGACCGCUCCGCCGAUUUCUACCUGCAUGGGAAACCCGAGGAUCCGCACAUCAACGCCCUCUGGGAGCGGCAAACGGCCUGCUUCGACCGCGCCCAGGCCAUCGCACAGGGCGACUCCGAGAUCCCCAUCAUCUACUUCAGCGCUGCCGGCUCGGGUCCUAAACGCACCCUGCUUCUUGGCAACGGCUUCGGCGGCGCCCAGGAAGAGCUACUGCACUGGAACGGCUUCGCUGCCCUGGAGCGUGGCUUUAACAUUAUCACCUAUGAGGGCCUAUCUUUGUGUGCGCGCCGCCGCCUUCGAACACCGCCUCGCCGCCUCGCCGCCAUCGUCGCCUGCGAUGGCCUCUGGAACUUCGGCGUCGUCUACCUCCCCCGCACUCCUUUCGAGGCAGUUGAGCUCUACCGGUCCGGGCAUCGUGCUGAGUUCGACGGCACAUUCAACAAAAUUGCCACGAGCAGCCGCAUCCCGAACGCGAUGCAGUGGUCCCUAGACCAGACUCUCUGGUCCUUUUGCAUGAAGUCUGCAUCUGAGUUCUUCGACCGCGUCGCCAGCUUCACCCUCGAGGGCGUCAUCGGCGGCGUGCGCUGCCCCAUCUUCAUUGGCGACGCCGAGGCCGACUGUUCAAAGGUCAGCCGGAGCAGGUGA